AUGGCGGUAAAACGAAAGGGCUCGUUCUCGGCAGACGAGCAGCAGAUAGAUCCCUCCGAUGAGUUCCUUUUUCACUGUCUCGGCGGUGGGAAUGAAGUCGGAAGGUCCUGCCAUAUCAUACAAUACAAGGGGAAGACGGUUAUGCUUGAUGCCGGAAUGCACCCGGCAAAAGAUGGCUUUGCUGCCCUGCCGUUCUUCGACGACUUCGAUUUGAGCACCGUGGAUAUUCUACUUAUAAGCCAUUUCCAUUUAGAUCACUCGGGCUCCCUGCCAUACGUCCUUAGCAAAACCAAUUUCAACGGCAGGGUCUUUAUGACCCAUGCUACAAAGGCCAUCUACAAGUGGCUGAUCCAGGAUAACGUCCGGGUCAGCAAUACAUCCUCCUCCUCCGACCAGCGAACAAGCCUCUAUACGGAGCAUGACCAUCUCUCGACCCUCCCCAUCAUCGAGACGAUCGACUUCAAUACCACCCACACGAUCAACAGCAUCCGAAUUACGCCCUUCCCCGCCGGUCAUGUUCUCGGUGCUGCGAUGUUUCUCAUAUCUAUCGCCGGGCUGAAUAUUCUGUUCACCGGCGACUACUCAAGAGAAGAAGAUCGCCAUCUUAUAUCCGCAGAAGUGCCCAAAGGUGUCAAAAUCGAUGUGAUGAUAACAGAGUCAACCUUUGGCAUAUCGUCGAACCCUCCUCGGCUAGAACGUGAGGCAGCCCUCAUGAAAUCGGUCACUAGCAUCAUAAAUCGAGGUGGAAGGGUUCUCAUGCCUGUCUUCGCACUGGGACGAGCACAGGAGUUACUCUUGAUCCUGGAUGAAUACUGGAGUAGGCAUCCCGACCUACAAAAGGUACCGAUUUACUAUAUCGGUAAUAUGGCACGGCGAUGCAUGGUUGUAUACCAAACCUACAUCGGGGCGAUGAAUGAGAACAUCAAGCGUCUCUUCCGCCAACGCAUGGCUGAGGCAGAAGCCAGGGGAGACAAGAGCGUCACUGCUGGGCCGUGGGAUUUCCGUUUCGUGCGAAGUCUGAGGAACCUCGAUCGCUUCGACGAUGUAGGAGGUUGCGUGAUGCUUGCAUCUCCUGGUAUGCUCCAAACAGGAACAAGUAGAGAGCUUCUAGAGCGGUGGGCACCCAACGAGCGUAACGGCGUCAUUAUGACGGGUUAUAGUGUGGAGGGUACUAUGGGCAAGCAGAUAAUCAACGAGCCGGAGCAGAUCCAGGCUGUUAUGAGUGCCAGAAGUGCUGCCGGAAUUAGGGGUCGGGGUGACGGAGACGACGACCAAAAGAUUAUGAUACAGAGAAGAUGCACAGUCGAUGAAAUAAGUUUUGCAGCUCACGUCGAUGGGGUUGAGAAUAGGGAAUUUAUCGAAUCAGUUGCUGCCCCUGUUGUGAUCCUUGUCCAUGGAGAGAAACACCAGAUGAUGAGACUGAAAUCAAAGCUACUGAGCUUAAACGUAGACAAGGAAGUCAAGGUCAAGGUCUACACGCCUGCCAACUGCGAUGAAGUUCGAAUUCCGUUCAUGGUCGACAAGGUCGCCAGGGUCGUUGGCCGAUUAGCCGAGACGUCACCACCCAUGGGGCAGGAUGAUUCCCGGCUGAUGGAUGGCGUUCUCGUCCAAAAUGGCUUUAAACUGUCCAUGAUGGCGCCAGACGAUCUCAGAGAAUACGCCGGACUUACCACGACAAUGGUUACAUGCAAGCAGUACAUUACCCUCAGUACAGCGAGCAUCGACCUCAUACGCUGGGCUCUCGAAAGCACUUUUGGCCUUAUCGAAGAGAUUGAUCCUUCCUCAAACCAAGAUAUUAAACCCUCCAAUGGAAACUCCAGUCAGCAAGAGAAUGACUCGGUCAUCAAAAAGGGGGAAGAAGCGGACGAGGAGAUCCCCUCCUACGCUUUAACCACCUAUCUUAUCAUGGGCUGUGUCUUUGUAAGAUAUAACCCGCAGCGGCGUGAAGUCGAAGUGGAGUGGGAAGGUAAUAUGAUGAACGAUGGGGUUGCAGAUGCUGUCAUGGCCGUACUACUCACAGUCGAAAGCAGCCCGGCAGCUGUUAAGCGCUCAAGCAAGAAUAAGCAUUGCCAUAGCCAUGCGCCGCUCCCAGACAAUCCGCACUCUCACCUCACCCCCCACGAACGCUUUAUGCGUCUAUGCAUGAUCCUUGAAGCGCAGUUCGGGUCCGACAUUGCUCCCAUCGAGCGGCCAAAGAUGAAGCGGCAUGGAGGCCCAAAACCAGGAGCCGAUUCCGCCAAAGAGGAUGCCAGCAAGGGUGAGACGCCGGAACCGUCGGGAUCCGAGGACGAGGAGGAACUCCAGGAGAUGGAAGAGCUAGAAUUAGCUCGCUUACAUUCCCUCGGUAUACCAGUGCCCGGGAUCGAGAUCAAGGUGGACAGCCACAUUGCCAGAGUCUGGCUCGAGACGCUAGAAGUUGAAUGCUCCUACCCGGUCUUGAGGGACCGUGUCCGCGUCGUGGUCGAGAGGGCCGUGGAAACCGUUGCCGACAUGUGGAAUACGAAGGCUGGCAGUUCCAUGCCAGCGAAGUCUAUCCCCAACGGAGCGACUAUAAUGAAAACAGAGCAGGUUAUUUAG